UUCUUAUAUUAUUCUCAAUCAUUCCACUCGCUUUCAACUCUAAUUAAGUAACUCGGGAUUAUCUAUCUCAGAUCACCCCCAAACUCAAUGAACCAACUUACGCCGCAGGCUGAAUCUGAUAGCGGGAGUCGGAAAUCUAAGCCGUUCCGACGCCACGCCUGUGACCGGUGUCGCAGUCAGAAGCUCCGCUGUGAUCGGACAGCCCACCGGACGGAUACGUCAAUCGCCUGCGAUCGCUGCGCUCGGAACCAUUUGACUUGUGUCACUAGCGCUCCCAUGCCUAUGGGUCGACCGCGCUCCUUGAAUCCCAAACCUCGUUACUGUCGCAAAUCCUGCAAGGCGUCCGUGGAGACACGAUCCAAGGACACCGAGACUGACUCUUCGACCCCACCUUCCUGUACCACUGUCCAGCGUUCGCCCCAUCUCGGCAUCGCCGAGAUGAACGCCAUCAAUGAGGUACCAGCACUGGGGUUUGAUCAGGGAGACAUAGGUUAUGACAUCGAUUUUCCGAGCAUGGAUGUAUUCGACGCAUCUGCCUUCGCCGAUCUGGCCAUGGGCUCGCAGCCCGACGCCGUCGGCCCGACCGGCCCCGCAGCCGUCAAUGCAAACCCUCAGGAGCAGAAUGUCGAGCGCUUGUGGAAGCUUCAUAGUACACUUCUAGAACACGUAUAUCGGAUUGAAAGUCAGGUGACAAACCGACCCGAUCCGUCUACCAGUGGCUCUGACACGUACGCCUUCGAAUCGCGCUUGUCCGAUGUUGCAAACACACAGAGUGACCAUUCGAUGCAUCAGAUGAUGCGCUGCUCCAAAAGCUUCCUAGAAAUCAUUCAAUCUUUUGUCUCCUCCUAUCGAGAGUCUGUCUGCAGCAUUCCAGCACCGGACUGCGCUGCCACCGACUGCUCCCGCGAUUCGGACGACGAAUACCUUGUGUACCGUGGCGAUUAUCGCCCAGCUUCAGCCCCAGUCUCGGACGCCUCGUCCUGGUUCACACUUCCUACCUUUGAUCAUCCGUCAGCCCCUUCCCCUUCCUUCCCCAGCCACGGGCGCAAUCGAGCCUGGUCGCGAGGGAGCCACGAGAAAGGUAGCAGCACCAGCAGCAACGGCCACGGCAACGGUCACCCCGAUAAGAAACGUCGAGGACCGCGACCGGCCCUUCCCCCGGCGUGCCAGACCCAAUUUCCCAUCUGCCUAACCAUUGCAACCUGCCACGUACUGCUUCUCCGCUUGCACCGCAGCGUCCUCACUGAUCUGUAUACCUCUGUCCGAUCCUUGGUGGCGCGAUACACCCCCGCUGGCAAUCUGACCGGCCCACUCGCGGUCCUGGACAAUUUCUCGGGCCCCGUGCCUUUCUCCGAUGUGCACUUGAACGGGUCGACGUUGAAGUUGGAUGGAGUAUUGCAGAUCACCACCGUCUUGCAGCUGAGCUGCGAUUUGCUCGAACGCAUCGAUCGCGGGGUGGAGAUUCUGUUGACAGGUGCGGGCCAUGUUCUCUCCGCUCCGGGGACGUAUAUGUCGGUUUUGGAGGCUCUGGCACAGCAGGAGGCCUGCAGUGGGCGCGGACCUGCCCUUCCCGACGGGGCGAUGGGUUCCACCGCGGGCCGGGCCGCUCGAUUGGCCCCGUCGCGGUUGCUUGUCAAGAAAAUUCGCAAGUGUAUUAAUGAUACCUGUCUCUAAAGAAUGAGUUUUUCCCGUCUCAUACCAUAGAAUCUUUUCUCUCCGGGAUUAUCUCGCUUGCAGUUAUCGUUCAGCCACUAUAUAUCUUCCUGGAUUACGGCAGGCUAUUGCGGCCAUCGGGCAAAUACCCCUUUUUUUACUAUAUACCAGCUUAGUCUAUUUACCGUCUGUUUGAUC